AUGGAGAAAGCUACUAUCUCUGCACCGAGAGGUCUGCUCAUCGUGAUAGAAGGCCUUGACCGGUCCGGCAAGUCGAGCCAGUGCCAGCAGCUCUUCAACACUUUCCAAUCGAUGGGGCAGAAAGUGCGAUAUACCAAAUUUCCUGACAGGACUACGCCCACUGGCCAGAUGAUCAACAGCUAUUUGACAGGCCAGGCUCAGCAAGAUGACCACUCGAUUCAUUUGUUGUUCGCGGCCAACCGGUGGGAAGCCGCCAAAAGCAUCGAGAAAGACCUUCUGGACGGAGUCACUGUGAUCGUCGACCGCUAUUCGUUCUCAGGAGCAGUAUAUUCAGCGGCCAAGGAAAAUCCAGACCUCACCCUUGACUGGGCUUGGUAUCCCGAAAUUGGCCUCCUGAAGCCGGACAUUCUGUUCUUCCUGGAUAUUGCUUCCGCAGAGGCGGCCAAGCGCGGUGGCUAUGGUGCGGAGCGGUACGAGACGGAAAGAAUGCAGGCACGCGUCCGGACGUUGUUCAAGGAGCUGUUUACGAGACUCGACAAUGUACCUAUCUCUCUUGUAGACGCAGGACGUUCCAUGGACGAGGUUGCGACCGACAUCCUGAAUGGUAUCCCUCGGCUGGCGCUGGAUGAUGUGUCACAGAAACUGCGCAAACUAGGACCGUUACUGCCACCGGCGUGA